GCAUCUUCUCUUUCUGUGCGAAAUGUGCAGCGGCCUCAAAGCAAAAACACGAACAUCCCCUCCGUGUUUCCCUCAUGCAGCGACCCAGAGCUCCUGCAGGCUUUGACACCCGGCUCACUGCGCUGAUAUGAAGGCUGCAGCUCCUGAAUGAGCCGGCUGUAAGCUGUGUGUGUGUGUAUGUGUGUGUGCGUGUGUAGUCAUGGGCAGGUAUUUCCACAGUGACAUCGACAUUAAGAGUCCAUGGCAUCAGGUGCUGGCCGCCUUCUGGCAGCGUUACCCAAACCCAUACAGCGCCCACGUCCUCACAGAAGACGUCUUGUACCGCGAGGUCACCCCCAACAACCUCCUGUUGUCACGGCGACUGCUGACAAAGACCAACCGGCUGCCGGGCUGGGCGGAGCGCGUUUUCCCCGCACACAUGGCCCGGGCCGUCUACGUCCUGGAGGACUCCAUCGUCGACCCGCACACGCACACACUCACCAUCAAGACCUGGAACCUCAACCACAACACGCUGAUGACGGUGGUAGAGCGAUGUUUGUUUGAGGAGGACCACAGUCGACCAUUAUGGACCAAAAUGAGGAGGGAGGCCUGGAUCUCUUCGGCUGUUUAUGGUCUGGCCCGACCGAUACAGGAAUUUGGUCUCGCCAGGUUUAAGAGUAACCAAGCCAAAGCCAUGAAGGGGCUGGAGUACGCUCUGUCAAAGAUACAAGGUGAGGCACUAAUGCAUUUGUCUUUCCAGCCUUCCGAGGUUCAUCUCCACGGCGAUCAGGGCGAAUCAUCAGAGAAACACAAGCCUCUCCAACCGCAAGCACCGCCCACCUCCACCCAGAAGCCCAAGCAGUACGUUUAA